UUCAUUUCCACAGAACAAAACCCUAAUUCCGCCUCUGCCACCACCAUCUUCAUCACCAAAUGGGUCGUGUAAUCAGAUCUCAACGUAAGGGAGCUGGUUCCAUCUUCAAAUCCCACACCCACCACCGCAAAGGACCAGCAAGAUUCAGGAGUUUAGAUUUCGGUGAAAGAAAUGGUUACUUGAAAGGAGUAGUUACUGAAAUCAUCCACGAUCCAGGUCGUGGUGCACCAUUAGCAAGAGUUACUUUCAGACAUCCAUUCAGAUACAAGCAUCAGAAGGAGCUUUUUGUUGCUGCUGAGGGUAUGUAUACUGGACAGUUUUUGUAUUGUGGGAAGAAAGCUAAUCUGAUGGUUGGAAAUGUUUUGCCAUUGAGAUCUAUCCCUGAAGGAGCUGUUAUUUGUAAUGUUGAACAUCAUGUUGGUGAUAGAGGAACAUUAGCUAGAGCUUCUGGUGAUUAUGCUAUUGUUAUCAGCCAUAACCCUGAUAAUGGUACUUCAAGGAUUAAGCUUCCUUCUGGAGCAAAAAAGAUUGUACCAAGUGGAUGCCGUGCUAUGAUUGGCCAAGUUGCUGGUGGAGGCAGGACUGAGAAGCCCAUGUUGAAAGCAGGAAAUGCUUACCACAAGUACAGAGUGAAGAGAAACUCCUGGCCCAAGGUUCGUGGUGUUGCUAUGAAUCCCGUUGAGCAUCCUCACGGAGGAGGUAACCACCAACAUAUUGGACAUGCCAGUACCGUUCGUCGUGAUGCACCUCCUGGACAAAAGGUUGGUCUCAUUGCUGCUAGGAGAACUGGACGUCUUCGUGGACAGGCUGCUUCAGCUGCUGCCAAGACAGAUAAAGCUUAAGUUCUUUGCUUGUUUUUACUGUUUUAGUUUGUUUGGAUAUCUUGAAUCAAUCUUUCCUAGUUUGACUCGUGAGAGGUACUGUGAGAAGAAUACUUUUAUUGUUUAUUUGUCUUCAGAUAUUACUUAUUAGUGUGUAGAAUGAUCAGAAUGAAGUCUCUCUGUGAACUGCAAGUUUAUUGCUUGAGCAAUAUACUGAAUUUAACAACACAGUUUGAUAAUUUCCUCUUUGCUAAA